ACGGUUAUUCUCUCGCAGUAAUGGGCAAGAGGCGUUAGCUGGUGGUGUUUGUGUGAGUUUGAGCUGAAGAUCUUCUGCAGCUGCAGGAACCAUGGCUUCACUUCAGUCUCUGAGAGAGUUUAUCAGCGAGCGACUAGCUGCUGCUGCUGAAGAAAUCUUCAGACACUGUGAAGGAACCAUCGUCCAGUACGAGCAGGAGCUCUGUCGUCAGCGCAGACUGCUGGAUAUCUGCUGGAAACCGCAGAUUCAGCUGGACGCUAUAGUCCUCCCUGAACAUUAUGCGACUGAAGAGGAUAACUUUUGCAGCCACCCGGAGCAAUCCAAAAUGGAACAAGAGGAACCAGAAUCACUACAGACUAAAGAGGUGGAACCAGAACCUUCUCAGACUAAAGAAGAACAGGAAGAACCAGAACCUUCUCAGACUAAAGAAGAACAGGAGGAACCAGAACCUUCUCAGACUAAAGAAGAACAGGAAGAACGAGAACUUUCACAGACUAAAGAGGAACAUGAUGAAACUGAACAUUUGCAGUUAAAAGAGGAACAAGAGGAACUCUCCAUCUGUCAGGAUGAAGAGCAGCUUCAUGUAAAACAGGAAACGGAUACCUUGAUGGAGACUCAUACUUAUAAGGAAAAUGAGGACAUUGAGGCAGAUCUAAACAAUCAGCAGACCUUAAAUAUAACUGGUAGUCAGAAUGAAGGAAGACAACAUGAAGAAUCAACAUCAACUACAGAUGAAGAGACAGACCCACAGAACAGAGAGCAGAGGAAGAGAAGAGACAGAAGUCAUGUCAAAAGUGUGGACUUCUCUCACAUGUCAGAAACUCGGUCUGACUCUGAUGUUAGGAACACCGCCAAGAAGUACUUUUUGGUGAAGAAACAAUCUCCAAAAGACAUGAGACUUUCCUAUAUACAGUCUGGUAAAAAUUUGAGACUUUCUUAUAAUCUCCACAUGAGAACUGAGGCUGAUAAAAGACCUUUUAGCUGUGAAGAAUGUGGUAAAGCCUUUAGCUCCAGGUCUAAGUUUAGAGUUCCGGAGAGACGUCACACAGGAGAGAAGCCUUUUUCUUGCAAAGAAUGUGCUAAAAAUUUUAGUCGAUCAUCUAAUCUCAAUGCACACAUGAGGAUUCAUACAGGACAGAAGCCUUUUCCUUGUAAAGAAUGUCAUGCAAGUUUUGUUUGUAAAUGUUAUCUCAAUAGACACAUGAAAACACAUACAGGAGAUGAGUCAUUUUCUUGUCAAGAAUGUGAUAAAAGUUUUACCCAUAAAUCUAAUCUCAAAAGACACAUGGGAAUUCAUACAGGAGAAAAGUCUUAUCCUUGUAAAACAUGUGAUAAAAGUUUUAGGCGAUUAUCUGAUCUGAAAAUACACAUAUUAACUCACACAGGGGUGAUGCCUUUGUCUUGUAAAGUAUGCAAUAAAAGCUUUAGUCGAUCAUCUAAUCUCAAUAGACACAUGAGAACUCAUACGGGAGAGAAGCCUUUUUCUUGUAAAGAAUGUGAUAAAUGCUUUAGUCAGUUAUAUCAUCUCAGAGUACAUAUGAGAACUCACACAGGUGAGAAGCCUUUUUCUUGUAAAGAAUGUGAUAAAAGUUUUCGUGAAAAAUGUGAUCUCAAAACACACAUAAGAACUCAUACAGGAGAAAAGCCUUUUUCUUGUCAUAAAUGUGGUGAAAGUUUUCAUAGAAAGUCCACUUUUAGAGGACACAUGAAGACCCACAGAGGAGAAUAGCUGAUUUCUUGUCAAUAACAUGAUAAAGUUUUAUACAAAAACCUAGUCACAUGAAAACUCCCUUAGGAGAAAAGCCUUUUCUUGUUCAAAAAAAGAAAAUAUAAUAAAGGUUAGAUCACUCCUAAAUUCUGAUAACAGGUUUACUUUAAAAAGGGAAAACUUAAAAAAAAAAAGCGUACACUUAAAAAGGCCUGCAUCAUGCAAAAUGUUUUUUUUUUUCACUUGCACUCGUGUCAUGAUGUGUAAUGAUUCUAUAUACUGAGUUUUACUAUUUGACUUCAUACGCACCUGCAAGUUGAUGUGCUGUUGAAUUAAAGCUGUUAAAUCUUUACCAGUUUAAAGGUGCUGUUACUUUUUGUCUCUCCUUUUUGUAUUUUUUUUUUUGAUUGAGCUAAGCUUUUAAAACAAUUUUUACUUUUUGUUGGUUGAUGUUAUUAGCAUUUUUUUAUCAUCAUUUCUUGUUUAAAUUUUUUUAGUUUACCAUUGCUGUAGUUCAUGCUGAGACAAUGUGCAUGUUAAGUCCGAAUGUAACCAUGAGAACAAUGUAAAUGCAUUUUAUACAUCUCUAAUUCUAACAACUUGUUUUUUUUAUUUAAUCUUAUCAGUGUACAUUCUUCUUAAUAGCCAUACAUAUACUUGUAUAUUUGUUGUUCUAUACCAGAGUUAGGUAACCCCAGGCCUCAAGUGCAACCUUCCUGCAUGUUUUCUAACAUACCCUUCUCUGGCAUGUUCUUAUUGGCUGGACACUCCUGAACCAGGUAAUCGUCAUGAGUCCCACUCAAGACUGAUUGAUGACUGAUUUCCAAAACUGUAGUACACAAGAGACUGAUGAAAAAAAACAGAUUAGUGUUUCUGUCUUGGGAUUCAUGUUUUAUAGUAGAUUAAAACAGUUUAUUUGUCCUUUUUGGUUUUCGGUCGUCUGUCCCAAUCUUUACUGUGAUGAAUAAAGUGGAUGUGAACAUCA